AUGGACUCAACAUCUCCGACACCAGCUGGGAACGAGCCCAUCGCAAUCGUUGGCAGCGGUUGCAGAUUCCCAGGGGGUGCAACAUCGCCGAGCAAACUCUGGGACCUCCUCAGGGAACCGCGCGAUGUCCUGUGCGAAAUUCCCCCUAGCCGCUGGGAUACUGCUGGAUUCCAUCACAAGGAUUCCCAAUUCCCUGGCCACACGAAUGUCAAACACUCUUACCUGCUCCAGGACGAUGUGUCCAAGUUCGACGCCCAGUUCUUCAACAUCACAGCGGCAGAAGCAGUGGCCAUGGACCCUCAGCAGCGUAUUCUCCUGGAGACGGUUUACGAAGGCCUCGAGGGCGCAGGACUGACCAUCGAGGGCCUCAAAGGGUCCAACACCGGUGUCUACGUCGGUGUCAUGUACGUCGACUACGAGUCUGUGCAGUUCCGCGAUCUGCAGCAUGUCCCAACAUAUCUCGCCAUAGGAACCGCGAGAAGUAUCGUGUCCAACAGGAUAUCGUACUUUUUUGACUGGCACGGCCCGUCUUUGACGGUUGAUACUGCCUGCUCUUCCAGUCUGGUCGCCGUCCACCAAGCGGUCCAGGCUCUCCGUUCCGGAGAUGUUCGCGUCGCGGUUGCAGCCGGCAGCAACCUCCUUCUCGGACCCGAGCCUUACAUCCACGAGAGCAAGCUGAAAAUGCUGUCUCCUGAUGGCCGGUCUCGCAUGUGGGACCAGGGCGCAAACGGCUACGCCCGAGGCGAUGGCGUUGCUGCUCUUGUUCUCAAGACUCUGAGCGCCGCUCUCGCAGACGGAGACCACAUCGAGGCAAUCAUCCGCGAGACGGGCGUCAACCAGGACGGCCGCAGUCGUGGCAUCACCAUGCCGAGUGCCACGGCCCAGACAGCCCUGAUCCGAGCCACCUACGCCAAGGCAGGCCUCAACCCUGACUCAGAAGCCGAUCGUUGCCAGUACUUUGAGGCCCAUGGCACCGGCACCCCGGCAGGUGACCCGGUCGAGGCCGAGGCCGUGCACACGGCUUUCUUCGGCAACGUGACCGAAGCCAAGAAGGGCGACUCGGACAGGGAGCAGCAGCGUCUACUGGUCGGCUCCAUCAAAACAAUCAUCGGUCAUACAGAAAGCACGGCGGGUAUCGCUGGUAUCAUGAAGGUCGUGCAGGCCAUGAAGCAUGGCUAUGUCCCCCCGAACAUGCUGCUCGAGAAGCUCAACCCCAACGUUCUCCCCUUCUACAACCACCUUCAGAUCCCCCAGGAGCUCAUGCCCUGGCCGAAGCUUGCACCCGGACAACCUCGCCGUGCCAGUGUCAACAGCUUUGGCUUCGGCGGGACCAACGCGCACAUCAUCCUCGAGGGUUUCGAGGAGCCGCCGCCGCCAAACGACAGACAACCCUCACAAUCAUCACCACCCCGCCAAGUAACACCCUUCCUCUUCUCCGCCCAGUCCAAACAAUCCCUCCUCUCCAGCCUCGCCGCCCACGCCGAAUACCUCUCCCAACACCCCUCCACGAACCUCGCCGACCUAUCCUGGUCCCUCCGCUCCCGCCGAUCCCGCCUCCCCCUGCGCCUCGCCCUCCCCGCAUCCCCCACCCUCGAAAACCUGCAGGGCAACCUCAAGAGCAUCCUUAACAACACCAACUUCCAAAUCGACUCCAAAUCCGCCGGCACGAGCACCACCAAGAAAUCCGCCCGCCUGCUGGGGAUCUUCACAGGUCAGGGUGCCCAAUGGGCUCGCAUGGGCGCCGAGCUCGUCGAGACGUCGGCCUACGCGGCGGGCCUGCUCGCGGACAUGGACCGGGCGCUUGCCGAGCUUCCUGAGGCGGACCGUCCGGGCUGGACUUUGAGGGAGCAGUUGCUUGCUGAUGCCAAGACGAGUCAGGUCGGCAGCGCGGCGGUUGCGCAGCCGUUGUGUACCGCGGUGCAGGUCAUUCUAGUGGAGCUGCUGCGCAUAUGCGGUAUGGAAUUUGCGGCUGUGGUGGGCCAUUCGUCGGGCGAGAUUGGCGCGGCGUUUGCGGCUGGGGUGUUGCAGGCGGAGGAUGCGAUUCGGAUUGCCUACUACCGGGGUUUGCAUUCGAGAUUGGCGGGUGGUGGUGGUAAGGGGGAGAUAAAGGGGGCUAUGCUUGCUGUUGGGACGAGUCUGGAGGAUGCUCAGGGGCUUUGUGAGGAUGAUUAUUUUGCUGGCAGGGCCAAGGUGGCUGCGUGCAAUUCGGCCUCGAGCAUCACCAUUUCCGGCGAUGAAGACGCUAUUGUGGACAUGGUCGACAUCUUUGAGGAUGAGAACAAGUUCGUUCGGAGGCUGAGGGUGGAUAAGGCGUACCAUUCCCAUCAUAUGGUGCCUUGUUCGCAGCCCUACUUGGACUCCAUGGCACCGUUCACUGCCACUGGUGCCUCAGCCAAGACAGGUUCGGCGUCGGGAUCGGCAGCAUCGUCAUGCAUCUGGGUGUCGAGUGUCCGCCCGGAUGGCCCUCUUCUUGACGAUCGGUCGAGUGUCGAUACUUCGUACUGGGUUGAUAACUUGCUUUCCCCGGUCCUGUUCAAGCAGGCGGUCGAAAGGGCCAUCACGGAGCUUGGUCCAUUCGACGCAGCCAUCGAGGUUGGACCUCACCCGGCCUUGAAGGGGCCCGUUCUCGACACACUCCGGGACCAUAACAACAAGUCUGAGGAGAUUCCUUACACGGGCCUCCUCCAGCGCAACACCGACGCCAUCGAGAGUGUUUCUGCAGCGCUUGGCUAUGUCUGGACGCACGUUGACAACCUGGACAUUGACUUUGACCGAUACGAGGCCUGCAUGGGCGGACCGACAUCGCAUCGCUUCAUCCCUGACUUGCCCACCUACCAAUGGAACCACAGCCAGGGGUACUGGCACGAGUCCAACUUGUCCCGCAGCCUGCGUACCAGAAGCCAACCGGUUCAUCCCCUCCUUGGCGACCUGCAGCCUCAGAGCUCGGCGCAUCAAGUCACCUGGAAGGCCAUCCUGCGGCCUCAAGACCUCCCUUGGGUCCAUCACCACCGGAUCCAGGGCCAGACGGUCUUUCCAGCGGCUGCGUAUGCCGCUACGGCACUCGAGACAAUCCCUUUUCUCGCCAAUGGCAGCCCUGUGCACAUGAUGCAGAUCCAGGACCUCUUCAUCCACCAGGCCUUGGUGUUUGGCAACGACGAUCAAGAGUCAGGCAUCGAGGUCCGCUCCGUGGUCAGCAACAUUCGACGCGGGGAUGAUUCCAUCUUAGCCCAUUUCACCUAUGAGGCCAUCACCGGGCACGACCAGAGCUUCCAGCUCGUCGCUAGCUGCGAGAUUUUGGUCGCCGUCGGUGAGCCUUUGCGCGACAUGCUCCCGGCCACUGCGCGUCUCGAGCCGUACAUGGUGGACGUGGACACGGAGCUCGCAUACUCGUCGCUGGCCGGAGUCGGUUAUGGGUACACGGGCCCCUUCAAGGCCUUGUCCGGCUUGAAGAGGAAGCUUGGAAAGGCAUCUGGGACUCUUGCCCUGACACAUGACGCAGACCCAGACCAAACUGGGGUGCUGAUGAUCCAUCCUGCGGUUCUGGAUGCUGCGUUCCACUCCAUCAUCCUGACCUUUAGCUACCCCGAAGAUGGCCGUCUCUGGAGCUUGCAUCUCCCAACGCGCAUCGACAGGAUUCGAGUCAACCCCUCUCUGUGCGGGCGCAACUGGGUGGAUGCUACUCAAGUGCCCUUUGUUGCAUCCAUGGGCGACGACGACGCUGAUGAAGGCACGUCUGGGUUUCAGGGGGAUGUUGACAUCCACGACCCCACGGGCGAAUACACUGCCGUGCAGGUCGAGGGCUUGCACGUCGUCCCUUUCACGCCCGCGUCUGCGGCAGAUGACCAGCAGCAGUUUUACGCCACCGACUGGGUCCCUUCGGAGCCAAACUGCGAUUUGCCCGGCACCUACGAGGCGUCAGUCCAGGACAAGGAGGUGGCCGCCAUCCUCGAACGCGGGAGCCUGUUCUAUCUCAACCAACUAGAGCACCAGAUUCACCAAGACCACCCUGGCCGGUCCGACAAGUACAACGCCGCGUACCUGAACUUCGCCUCGCACACGCUCAAGCUUGUCCAGCAAGGCCGACACCGCUACGCCAAGAAGGAGUGGCUCAACGACACGCUGGAGGACAUCGUCUCCCUCUCGGCGCCCUUCGCAGACCAGCCCGAGAUCCAGGCCAUGCACGUCGUCGGCGAGCAAAUGCCGCGGGCCAUCCGGGGCGAGACAAACAUGCUGGAGCAUUUGAUGAACAACGGCCUGCUGGCAGACUACUACGCUAAGGCACGCAGCAUCACGCGCGGCACCGCCCUCCUGGCCGACACGGUGGCGCAGAUCACCCAGCGGUACCCGCGGGCCAAGAUCUUGGAGGUUGGUGCUGGCACGGGCGGUGCGACUCGCGAAAUACUCAAGCGCAUCGGCGACAGGUUUUUGACCUACGCCUUUACCGAUGUCUCGGCGGGAUUCUUUGACAAGGCCCAGGAGGAGUUUGCUGCGUACGAGGGGGCCAUGACGUACAGCGUCCUCGAUCUUGAGCAAGAGGUCAAGGCUCAGGGGAUUGAGGAGCACUCGUACGAUGUCGUGGUGGCGUCCUUUGUCCUACACGCGACGCUGAGCUUAGAGCAGACAGUGCGCCGCGUGCGGUCUCUCUUGAAGCCGGGGGGUUACCUCGUCCUGUUUGAGGUGACUAACACGGACAUCAUCCGAGGCACUGCGCUGUUUGGCUGCCUGCCGGGGUGGUGGCAAGGCAUGGACGAAGGACGGACCCUUGGCGCCUGCGUUUCUGAGUCGGCGUGGGACUCGAUCCUGCGCAAGACGGGCUUUUCAGGGGUUGACACCAUGACCCCCGUCAAGGACGCCAUGGCCCUACCAAACUCGGUCAUGGUCUCACAGGCGCUGAGCGAAUGGGUCGAGCUUGUUCGCGAGCCGCUGAUGGCAUCGGCAUCACCCUCGCUCUUCUCCUCGGGCCCGUCCAAUAUCAUCAAACACCUCUUCAUCGUUGGAGGGUCAACGUUGCGUGUGUCUCGACUUGCUGAGGAUGUGCGGAAGCUCAUUCAUGGCUUUUGUGACGACAUCACCAGGGUGGCGUCUAUCGAGGAACUGGAUAAUGAUCAAGUAGCAAUCGGUUCUGACGCCACCGUCCUCGUCCUGGAGGAUCUUGACCAUGCCGUCUUCAAGGACAUCACGCCGGCACGCUGGAACGGUCUCAAGAGCCUCUUUGGCUCGCAAAAGGCCAUCGCCUGGGUCACCCAGGACCGCAUGACCGACAACCCCUUCGCCAACAUGGCUGUCGGAUUUGCUCGGUCGGCACUGUGGGAAAUCCCCGAGAUACGUUACCAGUUCAUCGACUUCCAGGAUGCCUACAGGAUCGAUGCGAGAACCUUGGCAGAAGCCGUGCUGCGAUUCCAGGUGGCCGGGUCGGUGAAGGAUAAUACCCUCUGGUCAGUUGAGUCCGAGAUCGUCAUUGAUGCAGACGGGCGUCAGUUGGUUCCCCGUAUGAGACCCGUCAGCGAAGCCAACGACCGCUACAACUCGUCGCGCCGGGCCAUUACCAAGGAUGUCAACCCGCAGGAGUCCCCGAUUGCGUAUGAGACCAAGGGUGGUAGUGGUGGCCAGUAUGCCCUGGUCCAGCGAUCAUCCACGCGGAUCGGCGCCAUCAUGGGUCCAACCGUGACUUUGAAGCUGAGCCUGUCAAGCUUGCGAGCCAUCAAGACGGCGGCCGGUGUUGAUGCAUUCCUGGUCACAGGAACCUGCACCAAGACGGGCAUUCAGUACCUGGGUCUUUGCGACUCGAUUCAUGUCACCUCCCUUGUCGAAAUGCCAGAGAACAGGGUCAUUCCUUUGACUCGGGUCUCAACGGAAUCGGCCUCCUUGUUCCUGGCCCUUGUCGCCGCGCACCUGGUUUUGCCUGCCAUGACGGCCUCGUUGCGUCAGGGCGACACCCUUGUUGUGCACAACGCCCCGGCCUCGCUUGCACACGUCCUCAGCCAGCAUGCCAAGUCAUCGCGUAUCAAGACCAUCUACACGACCUCGUCCAAGGCUGUCGCGGCAGAGCUCGGCUGGAUCCAUAUCGGGCGGUAUAUGCGCCAGUCUGAGACGAGGACGCUUUUGCCUGCGCAGGUUUCACGCUGCGUCGAUUUCACGACGACAACUGGAAAGGGGGUGUCCAUGGUCGCUUCAUGCCUGCCAUUCGGUGUUCCUAUUGUCGAUGGGACCGCCUGGUUCCCCGUACAUGGCAGACUGGCGGAGACAGAGACUAUGCUCAGCGAGCUGCUUCAGGCCGCCCAGGACUCUGCCCUUUCUACCCUUGCCAACAACGAAGGUGGCAUGCAGCCGGGCAUCAGCCAGGUCAACAUCCAGCAGCUUGGAACGAGUGAUGCCGAGGAGUUCGAUGCGCUCGCCAUUGUUGACUGGAGCGCACCAUCCGUUGCCGUGGAAAUACAACCAGCCGCGGCUCAGUUCAGGGCAGACCGCACCUACUGGCUGGUUGGGCUGUCCGGAGAUCUCGGAAUCUCGAUUGCUGACUGGAUGAUCAGAAACGGGGCCAAAUACCUCGUCAUCACGAGUCGAAACCCAAACAUUGACGAGCGGUGGCUGCGCAGUGCCGAAACCAGAGGCGCCGUAGUGAGCAUCAUGUCGUGCGACCUCACGAACUAUGACGAUGUUGCCAAGACACAUGGCCGGAUUCGCGACGAGUUGCCCCCUGUCGCAGGAGUCUACCAAGGAGCCAUGGUUCUUCUUGACAUGGCCCUCCGCGACAUGGAGCUGGACGACUUCAGCCGCGUGCUUCGCCCCAAGGUGGAGGGAAGUCUGAACCUGGACCGCGUGCUGGGAGACGAGCCCCUGGACUUCUUCAUCUUCUUCUCGUCCGUCGCCACCGUUGCCGGCAACCCUGGACAGGCCGGCUACACGACGGCCAACCUGUUCAUGAGCGGUCUGGCCCAGCAGAGACGCAGGCGUGGGCUUCCGGCGUCGGUGGUGGAGCUUGGUCUCAUCAUGGGCACGGGAUACAUCACGCGCGAGAAGGGCAACGUCCUGACGCGGCCGUCGUUCGAGCGAGGCCUGUUGACCAUCUCCGAGUAUGAUGUCCAUCAGACGCUGGCAGAAGCCGUCGGAUACGGCCAUCCGGACUCUGGUGCCGAAUGGCAGAUUUCCAUCGGCCUGAGACAGAUGGCUGCCGACGCGCCGAAUCGUCCGCAGUGGUACAGCUACCCUCAGUUUUCGUGUCUCACGAUCAAAGCAGCAGCAGGCGAGACAAAUGCAACCAAUACCCAGGCCGGACCUUCCAUCAAGGAGAAGCUGGAAAAUGCGGCGACGACGGAUGAGGUUGAAAAGAUCAUCUCUGAGUCAUUCAUCGCCGAGAUGCGCAAAAUGCUUCACCUAAGCGACGAUUACGCCAUCACGCCCUCGGUCCGCACUGAUGAGCUCGGCCUCGACUCCCUCGUGGCUGUUCGCAUUCGAUCCUGGUUCCUCAACAACUUCCAAGUCAACAUCCCUGCCCUCCGCAUUCUCAAGGGCGCGGCCCUGCAAGAACUCGUUGACUAUGCCGUUGACGAAAUGCCCGCCGAAGUUGCUCCAAGAUUGUCUUCAAGUGCUUCCUCAUCGUCAGGAGAAGAAACCUCGUCGACCUCAGGAAAAUCCUCGUCGUCUGCCUUGGAUAGCUCGUCCCAAAAGUCAGGAACGCCGCCGACGACAGCGCCGGACUCUGAGAUCUCAUCGGUUGUCGAUGGUGACGAUGGAUCCAAGGAAGAGAGGGCAUCAUUGGUUGCACCAUUACCCCCUCAGGAGGUCGAAAUGGAGAGGUUCGGCCACCUGUCCUACACCCAGUCAGUAUUCUUGUUCGUGCAUGAGCUCUUGCCUGACAAGACCACCCUGAACAACACAGUCAUGCUUCAUCUUAGUGGGCCAAUACGCAUUCCCGACCUCGCCCGCGCCGUCCGAAGCCUUGGAGAGCGCCACGAGACGCUGCGAAGCUGCAUCUUCAACAAUCGCGACGGCCAGCCAAGCCAGGGGGUCCUCAAGUCGCCCACCUUGUCCCUCGAACACAAGAAAAUCCACACCAAGGACGACCUCUGGAAUGAAUAUGCGGCGCUGCGUGGUCAUGCCUUUGACCUUGCGCGCGGUCAGACCAGCAGAACCCUUCUUCUCUCGUAUUCGCCGCGCGAUCAUUUCCUUCUGAUGAGUUCGCACCACAUUUUCUUCGACCGGGCCAGCAACGAUGCCGUCAUGGGCGAUCUGGAACGGCUUUACCACAACCACCCCCUCGACCCCAACCCUCUUCAGUACCUCGACUAUUCCCAGGACCAGCUCCGGCAGUACUCUGCGGGCGAGUGGGACAAGGCCAUCGAGUUUUGGCGCAGCGAGUUUACCAUCAUCCCAGACCCCUUGCCGCUCCACCGCAGCCAGAUCUCCGAGAGACAGCCUCUUGAGCGCUACGCCUCACGCAUUCCCGACUUUUGCAUCGACAGCCAGCUCUCGGGCAAGAUCCGCCAGGUUGCCAGGAGGCACCGUGUCACGCCCUUCCACUUCCACCUUGCCGCCUUCAAAGUGCUCCUCCACCGGUUCCUCGGCGUGACCGACGUCUGCGUGGGCAUCGCCGACAGCUGCCGCCGCGACGAGCACAUGCGCACCGGCAUUGGUCCGUUCCUGAACAUGCUUCCGCUCAGGAUGGCGGCGAGCAAGGGUCAGGUCUUUUCCGAAGCCCUGAACGAGGCCCGCGACAAGAGCCUCGAGGUGCUUGCCAACUCGAUCCCCCUCGAGGUCAUUCUCAACGAACUCCUGGUCCCCCGCCAGGCGACGCACACGCCUCUGGCCCAGGCGUUUAUGAACUAUGCUGAGAAUGACCUGGCAGACGGGCAGUCGUUCCUUGGCUGCCGCAUGAAGAUGAUGAAGCAGGAGAUGGCCGAGCUGCCCUACGACAUCACUUUCACCGUCAUCAACAACAAUACCACAGGCGACACGCGAAUCCUCUUGAACGUACAGGCGUCUCUGUACACCGACGCGGAUGCGCAGGUCCUGCAGCAUGGGUACCAAGACAUUCUGGAAGAGUUCGCGAAUGCGCCCGACAAGGAGAUUGGCGACAAUUGGCAGUUCAGACCCGACCUUCUCCAGAAGGCCCUUGUUCUCGGUCGUGGUCCCAGUUUCGAUUCCACGUGGCCCGACACACUGGUUCACAGAUUCGACGAGCUCAUGCCGAGCGUUGCCCAGCGAACGGCCGUGACGGAUUGCCACGGUGGUUCACUCACCUAUGAGCAACUAGCAUCACGAGUUGACACAGUUGCCUCGGAGCUGUUGCGCAAGGGCGUCAAGCCUGGAUCCAGGGUAGCCGUCUUUCAGGAGCCCAACAUCCUGUGGAUCGCCUCCCUUCUCGCCAUCAUGAAGGUUGGCGCCGUCUACGUCCCCCUGGAUGCCAACACCCCCAUCGCCAGGCUGUCAUUGAUGGUCCGCGACAGCCAGCCUGUGGCCAUUCUCGUCCAUGGGCCCACCGCAGAAGAGGCAGAGAAACUAGUGGGAGGUCAACAGCCCAGGCCUCUGAUCGUCAACGUAUCGAGCCGGUCUGCAUCACAAGCGACGACGACGGUCGCCACGCUCGCCAAAUCAGACGCGCCAGCAAUCAUUCUGUACACCAGCGGGUCGACGGGAACCCCAAAGGGCGUCAUCCUGAGCCACGGCAGCCUGAAGCACGAGUUUGACCACUGCGCCGCCACGUACAAACUAGGCGUCGACGACGUCGUGCUGCAGCAAAGCGCGUGGAGCUUCGACCUGUCGGUGACGCAGAUCUUCCUUGCCCUUGGCGUCGGAGCACGACUCCACACGGUAUCCCACGUCAUGCGUUCCGACUCGCGGGCCAUGAUCGACAUGAUUCGGAGCCAAGGCGUGACAGCGACCUACGCGACGCCAACCGAGUACAAGAGCUGGCUGCGACGUGAGAAUCGGGAGCUUGUCAUUGGUCUGUCGUCCUGGCGUUUGGCUCUGGUCGCCGGAGAAGCCGUCACCGAGCCGCUGCUCCAACUCUUCAGGGAGGCGGACCGACCCGGUCUUCGUCUGUUCAAUGUCUAUGGCCCGACGGAGACAACGUGCGGCUCGACCAAGUCGGAGCUUUCGUACCAGACCCUUGGGUACUAUCAGCGGGGCAUUAUCCCCGUGGGCAGGGCGUCGGCAAAUGAGUGCUUCUACAUACUCGACCAGAGACAGAAUCUGCUACCCGUCGGCCAAAUAGGAGAGAUCGCCAUUGGUGGCGUGGGUGUUGCCAUGGGCUAUCUGAACCUGGAUGAACGCACAAGAGCGUCGUUCCUGCCAGACCGCUUUGCGGUUUCCGAGGACAACAAUGACAAGAAGGGGUGGUGGAAGACAAUGUACCGAACCGGAGAUGUCGGGUACCUUGAGCCGGACGGCACUCUUGUCCUCAAGGGCCGCGUCGGGGAUGACACUGAGAUCAAGCUCAACGGCGUGCGCAUCGACCUCAAAGACGUCGAGGCAACCGUGCUCCGGGCGUCGGGCGGUAUCCUUGCCGACGCUGUGGCCACCCUGCGGACCACCAAGGCCGAAAACCAAGACGACCAGGGCAUCAAAUUCAUGGUCGUCCACGUCGUCUUUUCAGCUCAGGACUCGACCGAGGACGAAAGUCGCCGCUACCUGCAGGCCCUGCUGGCGGAGCUCCCGCUCCCGCGGACCAUGCUGCCCUCGGCACUCAUUCCCAUCGACCUUUUGCCAAGGACCGUCGCAGGCAAGGUCGACAGGAGGGCUAUCGCCGCCCUGCCUAUAUCCCACAAGGUCGAGCAGCGGUCCGACAUGUUUGGAUCAACAAGCGGAGGGUUGCUAUCCAAAAAGGAGCAGACUCUUCGAGGAUUCUGGGAAGCCGUGAUCCCACAGGAACUCUCGGAACUCCACCAAAUCGACGCCGACUCGGACUUUUUCACGGUCGGCGGGAACUCGCUGCUUCUGAUCGAGUUGCAAGGCAGAAUCCGAGCGGCUCUCGAUACGUCCAUCCCGCUCCCUAAACUCUUCCAGGCCACCUCGCUGCGGUCCAUGGCGCAGCUCCUUCCUGGAGAUGCUGAUGAUGACAAUGACGACGGCAACGAGGUGCAAAGCAUCAUCGACUGGGAGGCCGAAACAGCUGUGACUGACGCCGACAUUCUUCAGCCAGCAACAACACUGUCAUCACUGCCCGCCACAACCCCUCAGGUUCCGCCUCGCACGGUCGUACUCACCGGCGCCACCGGCUUUCUCGGCCAGCACCUCUGCCGCUACCUAGCCGAGCACGCCCACAUCCAAAAGGUGAUCUGCAUCGCCGUCCGGAACGCGCACGACCCAUCCCGCCAGGCCCUUCUUUCCAAUCUCACUUCCUCCCUUGCCGGAGGCAGCCGCGUCAAAUUCGAGUUCUACCCCGGCGACCUAAGCCAACCCCUCCUCGGCCUCCCCCCGUCCGACGCGCAACGCAUCUUCUCCCUCGAAGCUGACGCCGUAAUCCACAACGGCGCCGACGUGUCCCACUUGAAAACCUACUCCUCCCUGCGCGCCGCCAACCUCGGCUCAACACGCGAGCUGGUCAAGCUGUGCGUCCCGCGCCGCGUGCCAAUCCACUACGUCUCCACGACAGGUGUGGGCAUGUACACGCCCUCUGACACGCUGGCUGAGGUCUCGGUGCGGGAUCACCAACCACCACCGGCUCAAAUUCAGGACGGGGCGCCGGGCUAUGUCGCCUCCAAAUGGGCCAGCGAGGUGUGCCUGGAGAAGGUGCACGCGGCGACCGGGUUGCCUGUCGUGAUCCACCGCGCGUCGAGCAUCAUCCGCCCUGAAGAGGACAGGACGGGCGAGAACCCCGCUGCGGACGUGCUGCAGAACAUGCUGGACUACUCGCAGCGCAUAGGUGCCGUGCCCGCGCCGCCGGAGGGGCUCAGGGGGUGGGUGGAUCUGGUACGGCCUGAGUCGGUUGCGGCCAAGGUGGUCGAGGCCGUGAUGAUGAGUGAACACACUGGCAGUGCUGGCGGAGUGGUUUAUUUCCAUGAGUCGGGCGAUUUGGAGUUGGAUGUGAGGCAGAUUAGAGAGUACCUGGCGGGCCAGGCGGAGGGUAAAGAGAUCGAGGUCCUUUCGCUGGAAGAAUGGAUUGGGCGUGCAGAGGAGGCGGGUUUGUCGAGCGCCAUGGCUGCCGUGUUUGCGAGCUCGCUGGGAAGUGGGGAGCCCAUGAAUCUGCCGCGACUGUUGAGGCGGUCAUGA